CAAGAAUUAUUUUUUCCCAAUCAGUAUAAAAGCAUAUAUCCCCUUCAUCACACCAACCCCAGAAACAUACAUCAUCCAUGGCACCCCCCACUUUAUCUUUCCAGCCAUGCUCUGUUUUACUCUGUUUCCAUUUCCUUCUCAUUUUCACUAUCUGUCCUGUUCUAUUGGAUUUCAAUAAAAAUCCUCUGGUUUCAGCUCAGAACAAUUCACCGCCGUACGCCUGCGACGAAAACUCUGCUCCGGUGAAGGAAGGCCGGCCAUUCUGCAACAAGGAUUUAGAUGUCCAGACGAGGGUGAAGGAUUUGGUGGGCAGUCUGACAUUGUCGGAGAAGAUAACGUUUCUGGGGAACAAAGGCGUCGGCGUUGCAAGGCUGGGGAUUCCGGCGUAUGAGUGGUGGUCGGAGGCGCUGCACGGCGUGUCGUACAUUGGUCCGGGGGUUAAGUUCAGUAGUUUGGUCCCCGGCGCCACCAGCUUCCCGGCGCCCAUUCUCACCGCCGCUUCUUUCAAUAGAGAUUUAUUUAGAAGAAUUGGUCAGGUGGUAUCCACGGAGGCGCGAGCAAUGUACAAUGUUGGGUUGGCGGGGCUGACGUUUUGGUCUCCAAAUGUGAACAUUUUCCGAGACCCUAGGUGGGGAAGAGGCCAGGAAACUCCCGGGGAAGAUCCUUCCCUCUCCGGCACCUUCGGAGUACAAUAUGUUAAAGGCCUCCAGGAGUGGGACGGCGGCAACGAUAAAGAGGAUAAGCUCAAAGUUGCAGCUUGCUGCAAACAUUAUACUGCUUAUGAUGUCGAUAACUGGAAGGGCACCGAGAGAUACAAUUUCAAUGCAGUGGUAACAGAGCAAGAUAUGGAUGACACAUUCCAGCCUCCAUUCGAGGCUUGUGUAGUUGAAGGAAAUGUUGCAAGUGUGAUGUGUUCUUACAACCAGGUCGAUGGCGUACCGACCUGUGGUGACCCUAAACUUCUAAAAGGGACCAUCAGGGAUGCUUGGCAUUUGAAUGGAUACAUUGUUACAGAUUGUGACUCAUUUGAUGUGAUUUACAAAAAUCAGCAUUACAAUAAUAAAACACAAGAAGAAAUUGCGGCUCUAGGAUUGAAUGCAGGAGUGGACCUUAACUGUGGAAAUUUUUUGGGCACGUACACGCAAGGGGCAAUAAACAAAGGCUUUGUAAAGGAAUCUGAAAUUGAUAGGGCUCUAACAAACAAUUUUGCCACUCUAAUGAGACUAGGAUUCUUUGAUGGCAAUCCUAAAAACCAAAAAUAUGGAAAAGACCUUGGUCCUAAGGAUGUAUGCACUCAAGAAAACCAAGAACUUGCGCGGGAAGCAGCAAGGCAAGGCAUUGUGUUGCUGAAAAACAGUGACCAAUCACUGCCUUUAAAAACAACUGCUAUAAAGUCCUUGGCUGUAAUUGGCCCCAAUGCCAUGGCAACCAAAACCAUGAUUAGCAAUUAUGAAGGGACUCCAUGUAAGUACACAAGUCCUUUACAAGGCCUAACAGCAGCCUAUAAAAAUAUUGUUUACUCUACGGGUUGCAGCGAUGCAGCAUGUGUCACACCCCAGAUUGAGGAAGCCCAGAAAGCUGCAACCGGUGCUGAUGCAGUGGUUCUUGUAAUGGGUUCAGAUCAAACCAUUGAGAGAGAAUCUCUUGAUAGAAUUAACAUCACUCUUCCUGGACAGCAGUCAACUUUAGUGUCUGAGGUUGCUAAGGUUGCCAAGGGCCCAGUAAUCCUAGUUAUAAUGUCUGGAGGUGGCAUGGAUGUCAAGUUUGCAGUCGAUGACCCCAAAGUAACAAGCAUCCUUUGGGUGGGAUUCCCUGGUGAGGCUGGUGGAUUAGCCAUUGCAGAUGUGAUUUCUGGUGCACACUGUCCAGGUGGCAAGCUACCAAUGACAUGGUACCCACAAUCAUAUGCAAACAAAGUGAGCAUGUUAGACAUGAGAAUGAGAGCAGAUGAAAGUUCCGGCUACCCGGGCAGGACUUACCGGUUCUAUAAGGGUGAGAAGGUUUUUGAAUAUGGAUACGGGUUGUCUUACACCAGCUUCACCCACAGCAUGGUCCAAAGUGUACCAGAGUCAGUCUCACUUCUCUUAUCGGAAGACCAUGCUUGUCGUACCUCAGAAUGCAAGUCAGUCAGGGCUGCAGAAAAUAUAUGUAAGAAUUCACAAUUCGAUAUUCAUCUUAAGGUCAAGAACUCAGGACAAAUGAAGGGAAGCCACACUAUUAUGUUAUUCUCCAAGUCUCCCCAGGUUCACAAUGCACCUGUCAAACAACUGUUGGUAUUCGAGAAGGUGCAUUUGGGAGCAAAUGAAGAAGAGGUUGUGAGGUUCAGUGUGGAUGUUUGCAAGCAUUUGAGUGUCGUUGAUGAGAUCGGGACACGGAGAAUUCCUCUCGGACAUCAUUUGCUUCUUGUUGGAGAUUUGGAACAUUCUUUGAUGGUCACCAUUUGAAUCCAAGCCAUUGUUUUUCCUUCAAAGAAAAACUUAAAUACUUCUCAACAAUUGUAACAAAGUUGCAUGUUCUUACUCAAAGUGAUGAGAAUGUGCAGGCCUGAAAGUUGUAUUUAUUCACAACUGAUUUGAUGUUAUUGAAAGUGUUAUUUCUGCACAAGUUAAAAUCAUUUUCAUCUAAUAUUGGGAAGGCCAAUCACUAUAUGUAACCAUACGCCCUUAGAGAUACAAUGUACAUUUUAAUUGUCAUCUACUCCAUAAUAAAGAUGUAAUUAUGUUUGUUAAGCAGUUAAUAAACCCAUGGUCAGUAAUGUUUAACUGACAGUUAAAAGAAGUUGAGCUUGAAUUGGAAAGACUAA